AUGCGUCCUACUCUUGCUCUUCGGGCCUUCCGCCCUACGGCCCGCAUGAUGCGACCCGUCCCCGUAAGUGCAGGCCAUCCUGAAGCUCCCGAUUGGAGUAGUUCCCCGGCUAACCUCGCGGCUAUACAGAAGGAGGACCAGGCCGUUAUUGACAAGUUUACCAAAGGCCACACCGUCUCCCAGCGCCUCCGCAAGCUCAAGCAGAUCCCUGCCGAGCUGUACCCCCUCUUCGUCGUCGUCGGUUUUGCUCUGGGCGCCGCUGCCUACUCUACCACACGCAAGUUCUUCGUCGACAAGAACCUGCGACUUGCCCGACAGGGUGCCGCUGCCCGCGCCGCUCAGAACUCGGAUGGACACGGCGGCGAGCACUAA